AGGUAACAUAGUCCUCUUUGGCGUUUACUCACCCUAGCACUCAACAACAGAUGCUAAUGUGCAAAUCCCCACCCAAAACUGUAUUAUUGCUUAAAAAGCUGGGAAAUGAGCUGCUUGAAGAAGCUAAAGAGGUUGCCUCUUUUCCGUACUACCAAGAGAAAAUGAAUGUCCUUGUAGAACCUGAUGUGCACGACGUAUUUGCAAGAAUCCCAGGAUUUGGUUUUAUUCAGACCUUUUACAGUCAAGAUACCAGUGACCUUCACGAAAGAGUAGACUUUGUAGCUUGUUAGGCGGUACGGGGUCAUACUCCAU